ACAGUGCAGCGGAGCUUAAGAGAGUCAGAGAUUAUUCAUCUGUUUUUUUUUUUUGUUUUGUUGUUGUUGUUUUUUUUUUUUUUAAUUCAGGAUUCAUUUUCAGGGAUUUAAGAUUUUGUUGUGUCACCGGGAGCGACCUCUCCGACCAUGAAUCCUGAAUACGACUACCUGUUCAAGCUGCUUCUUAUCGGGGACUCUGGAGUUGGAAAGUCUUGUCUGCUGCUGCGCUUCGCGGACGACACCUACACGGAGAGCUACAUCUCGACCAUUGGAGUUGACUUCAAGAUCAGGACCAUCGACAUGGACGGGAAGAUGGUGAAGCUGCAGAUUUGGGACACUGCAGGUCAAGAGAGGUUUCGAACCAUCACCUCCAGCUACUACAGAGGAGCUCACGGUAUCAUCAUUGUGUAUGACGUCACUGAGCAGGAGUCCUUUAACAACGUGAAGCAGUGGCUGGAUGAGAUCGAUCGUUACGCCUGUGAAAACGUCUCCCGGCUGCUGGUGGGAAACAAGUGUGAUCUUGUUAGUAAGAAAGUGGUGGACGCUGCCACCGCCCAGGAGCUGGCCUCGUCUCUGAAGGUCCCCUUCCUGGAGACGAGCGCCAAGAGCUCAGAUAACGUGGAGAGGGCUUUCCUCACCAUGGCCUCAGAGAUCCACAAGCGCGUGGCCAGCGAGGGAGGGGGCAUGCACGGUGAGACGACAGAGGGCCGGGCCCAGGGCGCCAAGAUCAACAGCGCCCCUCUGUGGCUGGGAGGGGAGAAACAGACGCAGGAGGCCAGUAACUGCUGCUGA